AUGGACAGUACAGGCGAGCAAUUGCAUCCGAAUUGGCUGGCUUUAGCUACAGUACAUAUUCCACUUAAGCGAUUCAUCAAAGAGGGAACACAUGAUGUGCAAAAAGGAACUUCCAAUAUUACACAAGAAAAAUACACAAUUGCCGGAGUCAAGGGUGAUGAAAUUAAAGAAUUUUAUGAGGAACUGGUUAGAAAAGAGGACACGGAAAUAACUCAAGAUAUUAUGAAACAAGCACAAAAUAAGUUAAGUAAUAAAAUUGAGGAACAUGGCAUAAAAUCGAAACAUCCCAUACCAAAGGUAUCUUUUGAGGUUAGAAGUUAUUUUCGUUUUGCUAUGGAAAAUAAACUGGACGAAUUGAAAGAAAUUGAUUUUAAAGGUGAAAAUGUAAAUGUGUGUGAUAAUUAUGGUUGGUCGGCCCUAAUGAUGGCCAGUUGUGAAGGAGCGUACGAGACCGUCGAAUAUUUAUUAUCACUGGGAGUGGACAGAAAUAUAAAAGAUAAAACGGGCAAGACUGCCAAAGACUUGGCUAACAAAAAAGGAUAUUAUAACAUAGUAGAGCUCCUAGAUACAUUUCAAAAGAAUGAUGAUAAAACAGAGGAUUACAAGCAAGAAGAAGCAGAGCCACCACAACCAUUCUUUUGUGAAAUUUGCAAACAAAACUUUAGUGAAACCUCUCAAACCCAACAUCAAACUUCUACGAUUCAUCAGUUUAAUAUGAAAUCCACAUUACCAGCCAAUAAAUUACAAAAGUUCAACAUUUCAGUGCGCAACAAGGGUCUGCAGCUAAUGGUUAAACAGGGAUGGAAUAAAGAAAGUGGUUUAGGUCCCUCUCAAGCCGGCCGUUUAUACCCAGUCAAGACUGUCAUACGAAAACAGCGCACUGGUUUGGGCAUAGAACAGCCGGCAGCCCGUGUUACACAUUUUGAGGCAUACGAUCGCAAAGCUGUACAAAGACACAAUUCAGACUACUAUAAGAAAAAGCCUAGAAAUAGUAAUGACAUUAGGAGAGAAAAGGUCAGAGAAUGGAAACGAGAUAGACGUUUAAGAAAUGAACUGAACUAAAAGCAACCAAGGGAGACUUGUAAAUGCUUUUGCUAGCCUGUACAUUAUAGCAUUCUAAAACUUUUCAAAAAUUCAUAAUCUCUCAUA